AUGUUCAGGUCGCACUACUACGUAGCUCUUUCUCUUGCCCUCAUCUUUCUCCAACUAAUUGGACUCGAAGCCGCCGCGCUCGCUAUCCCUAAACAUUCGCACCACGGCCCGCUCAGAAACGUGCUAUGCAACUCCGGUAGAGCUAUUUUCGAAGGGGUCUCGGUCACCGAUCCGGGAGAGCUCAAUGCUCGCGGAUGCGUCGCACCACCGUAA